AUGGUGAUUUCAGGCCAGCAGACGCCAGGAUUGCGCUGUCUGCUGGGAUCUGCCCAGUCUUUCCCGGUGUGCGGGGUGGAACGCAGUCCCAGCGCCUGGGGGCCGUUGGGCGAGGGCCGCACCGGCAGGAUGGUGUGUGCUCGGGCGGCCCUCGGUCCCGGCGCGCUUUGGGCAGCUGCGUGGGGAGUCCUCCUGCUCACCACCGCGGCGGAGGCGCAGCGCGGCCGGAAGAAGGUCGUGCACGUGCUGGAGGGGGAGUCGGGCUCGGUGGUGGUGCAGACAGCGCCGGGACAGGUGGUCAGCCACCGGGGUGGCACCAUCGUCUUGCCCUGCCGCUACCACUACGAGGCAGCCACUCAUGGCCACGACGGCGUCCGCCUCAAGUGGACCAAGGUGGUGGACCCGCUGGCUUUUGCCGAUGUCUUCGUGGCGCUGGGCCCCCAGCACCGAGCGUUUGGCAGCUACCGCGGGCGGGCUGAGCUGCAGGGCGAUGGGCCCGGCGACGCCUCCCUGGUUCUCCGCAACGUCACGCUACAGGACUACGGGCGCUAUGAGUGCGAGGUCACUAACGAGCUGGAGGAUGACACGGGCAUGGUCAAGCUGGACCUGGAAGGUGUAGUCUUCCCUUACCACCCUCGUGGAGGCCGCUACAAGCUGACCUUCGCCGAGGCUCAACGCGCGUGCGCUGAGCAGGACGGCAUCUUGGCGUCGGCCGAGCAGCUGCACGCGGCCUGGCGCGACGGUCUGGACUGGUGCAACGCGGGCUGGUUGCGCGACGGCUCGGUGCAGUACCCGGUGAGCCAGCCCCGGGAGCCCUGCGGCGGCCUGGGCGGGACCGGGAGCGCCGGGGCUGGCGGCGGAGCCUCCGGAGGCGUGCGCAACUAUGGCUACCGCCACAACGCAGAAGAACGUUACGACGCUUUCUGCUUCACGUCCAACCUCCCGGGGCGCGUGUUCUUCCUGAAGCCGCUGCGGCCGGUGCCUUUCUCCGGAGCGGCGCGCGCGUGCGCGGCGCGCGGCGCCGCCGUAGCCAAGGUUGGGCAGCUGUUCGCCGCGUGGAAGCUGCAGCUGCUGGACCGCUGCACCGCGGGCUGGCUGGCGGACGGGAGUGCACGCUACCCCAUCGUGAAUCCGCGCGCGCGCUGCGGCGGCCGCCGGCCGGGUGUACGUAGCCUCGGCUUUCCCGACGCCUCGCGCCGCCUCUUCGGCGUCUACUGCUACCGCGCGCCUGGCGCACCGGACCCCGCCCCUGGCGGCUGGGGCUGGGGCUGGGCUGGAGGCGGCGGGUGGGCCGGAGGCGCCCGAGACCCCGCCGCGUGGACCCCGCUGCGCGUCUAG